UAGACUUAAUUCAGUAACUUAGCCUUGUUAAAAGUAUGCUCCACUAAUUCAAGGUACCUUAGAGUGAUUCUCUGUCUCGCUUGUGCUGACUCUUGAGUUUUCACGUCAUGGGUUCAGAAGCCUGAAGAAGCAAUCCAGCAAGACUCCAACCACCUCUUUUACAAAGUUACCAUUCACCCACAUCAGACGUAUCCAUACACCAGGCAGUUUGAAAGUACCAUCUGACUGGUGUCUGGCCUGGCUAUUGUCUCCGUGGUGAAGCCUCCGGCUGUGGGUUGCUAUGCCGGUUCCCUGUGGGUCUGUCUGGGUCACAGCGAGGGUGCUGCCACGCCGCUGAGGUUGGUCUGCCUGUCUUCCAGCCUGCCGCCCCCAUGAGCCACGCGGGCACCCUACAGAGACGCACCACCUACCUCAUCUCCCUUACCCUGGUCAAGGUCGAGGCCGUGGGGGGUGAUGGAGUUUCCAUCGGACCCCAGCCACAACGGACCCUUGCUCUGGGGAGAGCAGGAGUGGAGGGCCCAGAGGAUGAGGAGCUGAGCAGGACCACUGAGGAUGAGGGAGGACAUGCAUGUGCCGAGGGGAACACAGAGAUGGAGGAAGAGGAGCAGGAGUACGUUAGCUUUGGGGGACCUGUACAGGAGCGGGAGAAGCCUGAGAUAAAUGAGCGAGAGAGCCGUGGUCCAGGUUCCUCAAAAGAUGUCACGUUGGAGACUAAGAGCAAGGAGUCUCCCCUCUUACCGAAGAAUGUGAAAGACCAAGUGAAAGGACUUGCAGGGGUGUCAGAUGUCCCCUCAGUGGGAGGGCUGAGGAGAGAGGGAACCCGCCCUAAAACAGAGCUCUAUAGGGAGCCACCCAUGCUGUUCCCAAGGUGCGAGGAAGGGAUGGGCGAUGCAAGCAACACCCUCUCCCGAGGCAGCAUGCCCAUCACCGUACCGCCCAGGCUCACCCAGAGACCCGAGGUCCUGAUGAGGUCACAUGCCGGGGGCGGGGCUGUAAGCCGGCGGGAAUUGAGGGAAGCCAAUCAGAGUGUGCCUCCAUCCGCCAAGAGUCUGGACCGCAAAGACAACCGCAUAGGGGACCGGUCUCCCAUGACAGCUGCUGUGGCCUCUCUGGGACCAUACCGGGCGUCCUGGGCGGACAGUGAUGGCAGGUCCACCCUCCUUCGCCAGGGAACCCCCGUAGGGGGGGGGUUUACGGACGUGGUGACCAGGGAAAGCCCCAGAGGGGACAGGCUGAAGACAGGCUCAACCUCCCUGCCAGCCCAACCCACCCCUCAGAUAUCCAAGCCGCCGAGGAAGGGCAAGAGCCGCACUCUGGACAACAGUGACCUGCACUCCCUCUCUGAGGACCUGAAGAAGGGGAAGGACAGCCAGAGUCAGGGGGGUACCACCCAGCGUCCCCCCGCCCGUGACCGCAAGAUGCUCAAGUUCAUCAGCGGCAUCUUCACAAAAAGUACGCCUGCACCUCCCUGCUCCAACACAGCGCCCCCUAUCUACACGCCCAUUCAGAGGGGUUCUAGUGAGGAGGAAGCAGCUUGCGGUAACAGUCAAGAAUGGACCUUCAGUCGAACCGUCCAAGAGCUCCGUCUGGGGGUGUUGGGAGGUCUCCGCAGUGGGAAGUCAGCCCUGGUCCACAGACACAUGAGCGGCAGCUACCAGCCCCUGGAGAACCCAGAAGGGGGCAGGUAUAAGAAGGAGGUACUUGUUGAUGGCAAGAGUCACAUUUUGCUGAUCAGGGAGGAGACAGGACCCCCGGAUGCACAGAUGGCUAGCUGGGUGGACGGGGUCAUCCUGGUCUUCAGUCUGGAGAAUGAGGCCAGUUUCCAGGAAGUGUACAGGAACUACAGCGAGCUUGGCAUCCACCGCAACAUCGCUGAGAUCCCCUUCAUAGUGGUAGGAACCCAGGAUAAAAUCACCAGCACCAACCCUCGGGUGAUAGAGGAUGCCAGGGCUAGACAGCUGUGUUCAGACGUCAGGCGCUGUACCUACUACGAGACAUGCGCUACCUAUGGCCUCAACGUCAACCGCGUCUUUACCGAGGCUGCCCAGAAGAUCAUGGCAGUGAAGAAGCAGGCAGCUCUACUGGCCUCCUGUAAAUCCCUGCCCAACUCCCCCAGUCACUCUGGAGGCUCUACCCCAGUGUCAGGAGUCUUCCCUGGUCAGGCCAGUAAUGGUGGUCAGAGCAGUGACUACUCGUCCUCUCUGCCCUCCACCCCAGUGAUCAGUCAUAAGGAGAUCGGUGGGGCAGCAGGGGGGGAGAGGCUGGGCAGCGCCACCCCAGGGUCUGUCCGCAGUGCCCCACGGCGACGCACCGGCUCCCGCUUCACGGGCCGUAGGGGCAGUGACUCGGAGAGGAGGAGUACAGACGGUAAGAUAGGAGACCUGGGUAGUGGACGCUCCAUCCCCAUCAAACAGAGCAUCCUGCUGAAGCGCAGUGGGAACUCCCUCAACAAGGAAUGGAAGAAGAAAUACGUCACGCUGUCCAACAACGGCAUGCUCUCUUAUCACUCCAGCGUCAACGACUACAUGCAGAAUGUCCAUGGGAAAGAGAUGGACCUGCUGAGGGUGACUGUGAAGGUGCCAGGGAAACGCCCGCCCCGUGCUGGUGCCGUCCCUUCCUGUGGUCCUCCGCCCGGCCUCAACGGCCUGGUCAAAGACGUCCAGGGGCCUGAGGGGGCCAGCGCGGUCCCUGGUAGUGGUAGUAACCUCCUGCCCGUAGAAGAGGGGGCGGGAGGAGGGUUGUCUCCUGGGGGGAACAGAGGGGUGCAGCGCUGCCCCUCUACUCUCUCUAGCAAGCCCCAAAGCAUGGACUCUGCCAUCGAGGGGGUGUCCAGACCCUCCUCCUAUAAAGAUACAGGCCCAGCCUCCCCAAUGGUUGACAGGAAGAAGCAUCGCAGGAAGAAGAGCAUGAAUCAGAAAGGAGACGUAGCCAUUGGCCAAGCAGAUGCAAAGCGCAAAAUGUGGAAACUAAAAAGCUUUGGUAGCUUAAGAAACAUAAACAAGACAGACGAGGAUAACUUUGACUUUCUGAUCGUGUCGAGCACGGGCCAGACGUGGCACUUCGAGGCCCAGAGUGUGGAAGAGAGGGACUCCUGGGUGACGGCCAUCGAGAGCCAGAUCCUGGCCAGCCUGCAGCUGUGUGAGAGCAGCAAGAACAAGACUCGUAAGAACAGCCAGAGUGAAGCUGUGGCACUGCAGGCUAUCCGUAAUGCCAAGGGCAACAGUCUCUGUGUGGACUGUGAAGCACCUAACCCAACAUGGGCCAGUCUGAACCUGGGGGCUUUGAUCUGCAUUGAGUGUUCAGGAAUCCACAGGAACCUGGGCACACACCUGUCCCGUGUCCGCUCUCUGGACCUGGACGACCUGCCCAGAGAACUCACCCUGGUGUUGGGUGCCAUCGGCAACCACCUGGCCAACAGCAUCUGGGAGGGAUGUACGCUGGGCCGCAGAAAACCCACGCCCGACGCCACACGAGAGGAGCGGGAGUCAUGGAUCCGAGCCAAGUACGAGCAGAGGUUGUUUGUGGCUCCGCUGGCCCUGCCCUCCUCCAGUCAGGGGUUAGAGGUCAACACGCUGUCAGCCAGUCUGCUGGCGGCCGUGAUGGAGAGGGACCUCCCCCGUCUGCUCCUUCUCCUGGCCCAUAGCACCAAGGAUGACAUCAAUGCCCCCCUUCCCCCAGGGGGUCACCUCUCUCCACCUCCCCCUGCUGCCUCCCCCAGCCCUCCCCUGGAGGGCUCCCUCCGGCCGCCUUGCUCUGCGCUGCACGCCGCCUGCCAGCUCGCCGACGUGGUCAUGACCCAGCUGCUGGUCUGGUAUGGCAGUGAUGUGAGGUGUCGGGACGCCCAGGGGCAGACGGCCGUCACGUUGGCACGUUAUGCUGGCAGUCAGGAGUGUGCCGACAUCCUCCUGCAGUAUGGCUGCCCCAACGAGCCCGCCCCUUCGGUUGCCACAACACCAAGCCUCUCGGUUGCCACGACACCCAGCCUUUCCCGCAAGAGCAGCGCAGGCAGCCUCAGCCGCAGCAGCUCCAGAAGAGCAGUGUCUUAAUGUGAGGGGGGUAGAAUACGUGUGUGUGUGUGUGUGAGAGAGGGGGGGAUAUGUGUGUGGGUGGAUGUGUGCGUCAGUGUGUGUUAGAAUGCCCGUGUGUGUGUGAGAGGUUGUGUGGGUGGUGCAUGUGUGUUUGUAACCAUAUGUAUGCCCGGGUGGCUCUAGUUGAAUGGGGAGGCUGUGUCCUCAGUGUCCUCUAAAAAGGAACCCAUGAAGUCACACCAGGAUGUAGUCACAGACCAAAAGGACUGAAUGGACAAGCAGCUAAUACUGUUACCAACGUAAAGCCAGAAGGCAGAGCUCACUCUUACCUGGCUUUGUGUGUGUGUGUGUGUGUGUGCGUGCGUAUGAGUGUGUGUGUGUGAGAGAGGGACUGCUCCACUCAGUGGCUGCCUUGUCCCCACUAUGGCGCUGAUGAUCCACUCUUCCAGGCUCCCCUCACCACCGCUCUGUGGGAACUUUGACCUGUGUGUUACUGCUACACCACCACCCGUGCCCUGCACCUUAGUAACACACAGACAGAAAGACAAAGGGAUAAUGUAAUGACAAGCGCUGGGGCCAAAAUGGUGGCCCAUCCUGUAUGCUGACUUGGGUUCAUGCCCAAUCACAUCUCUCAAACCACAGGGCUGGGAGAGGAAAAUGAACCAGAGGUACAGAACUGCAAUAAUUGAAUUACCAGUGUGAGACAGUGGAUUUGUAGCUUUUUCUCACCCUACUGUACCUCUAGGUGCUUGGAAUCCCAUGAUAACAGACUACAAUAUGAAAACGGGAAGAUGCUUUCCGUUGUCGACGGCAGAAAAUGUCAAUUUAAAAUUCAAUAUGAACAUUUCUCCUGUGCUUCGAUGGUUAGGUGGAGCAGGUUAACUCAAAAUGCAGCUAAAUCAAUGAAGAUGCUACAUUAUGAUAAAAUGAGUAUGAGGGGGCUCAUUGAAUCCUCUGAACGGCAUUGUAUUUACUCACGCAGAAACAAAACAGUGGAGCCAAGACCAACAACAACUGCCAGUGCUGGAACGAACAUAACCACUGUUAAACCUCAUCACUGUACCACAGUCAAACAAAACGGUCAGUUACUGAACAAUGCUCAGCUGAGGUCAAAUUCAAAAGAAAUACUGUCCGACAGAUAAAGGAUUUUGUAUUUUAAGAAUUUAGGUCAAAAUAAUAAUUGUAUAGAAAGACAUAUAUGAAAUUGAUAUUAUUACUUUACUUGUCAUAGUUAUCAAUAUUGAGAAGUACUUCAUGUUCAAGAAUGUUAUUGUAUGUUCUGAAGUUUGUAUGGUAGGUUCUUGUUUGUAAUACACAUGGGUUACUCUUAGCUGUUGAGAGAUUCAAAACUGUGACAGAUUUGGUGAUUCAUUUUAUUUGGCAGUCCGCUAUCUAAAGUAAGUACGCUCCCUGGAAAGUGGUCUUUUUUUAUUUGACAUAUUUGGACACAUGGAUAUCUGAGCUAAAUUCCAACCACAUUCAUUGAUAAAUGUGAUCCAAUUUAACAAAUCACACAAAGAAAAUGUUACUUUGAAAAUGUUAUGCAAUUAAAAUAAACAAAAAUGCAAUUUCUUUAAGCAGAAAAAGUUAGUACACACCUACCUUUACCAUCACAUAAAAUGGCUAA